AUGAACAACGAGGACGGCACAUCAUUCAUUCCCCGAGACUUGCCAAUCACAUCUACACAAAUUCUCUGUCCGAUCCUCUGCUUGAUUUGUCUCCUAAUUCUCGUCCAGCGCAUCAAACACCGCAGCAGGUGGCCCGCACUAUCCCGGAGGCAAAUGGACUCGCAAAAGUCCCUACCCGAGAGAUUCGGUGCCGGUGGCAACAAAGAGAAGACAGCUGGCACGGCUGCAGUGGGCCAGCAACAACAGCCUAUGUCCAAUAGUCCUCCAAAGGAUCUAUCUUGCGAUGUCCGCGCCCCGUUGCCAUCCGCCUGUGAUAUCCUGCAACCCUUGUCCCGGUGCACGCCACUGCCGUCGAGUGGUCAAUUGGCGGCCAAGCUAAGCCAGGAGCGGCAGGCUGGGAAUCGACCAUCGUUGACGAUGAAGCCGGAGACACCGACGUCUCCUGAGUCGUCGACACACGCCGCGCCAGCUGGCAGUGUUCAUGCAAGCGGAUCGCACCAAGGAUUCUCCGAAUUUGCAGAUCAGGAGGUAAACAGGAGCCCUAGACCAGGGUCAGGGUCAAGCGAGCCAGUGAAAAAUCCACAGAGUGCGUUUUUGCCUCCCUCUACCGGGAUAUCAAAUGAUAGGCGGUCCCAUGUCCCAAGGGCAGAAUCUAACGUGGUGUAUACGGCGCAGAAGCGGAGUGAAACCGUCCAGCAUCUUCAAGAUACGGACGAAAAUGGCGUGCGGAAAUGGAAGCGGAGGGUGGUUGAAUAUAGUUGA